AACUUACAUUUAUUCGAUUCGUGCGUCUUAAAAUUUGACCAACUUCGUGUUAAUCACCCAACAUUCAAAUCAUAUAAUUCAACAUCUCAGAUUGAUUAUGUUUGGAUCUCCAUCGAAGCGGCUCUACAUCUUUUAGACUGUAAAACUAUUGAG